AGAACCUGUUAUGUGUGCGAUCAGGCUGUGUGCGAUCCUAAUCUGAAAAUCUCAGAUCAGAUUAAUAAAUUUUGUUCGUUUGUUUGUUUUCGUUUUUUUUUUUUUUUGAAAAAUGCAUAUAAUGAGUCCACCAAUGUGCGACCAUUGCAACAUGGGAAAAGCCAUUGUUUAUUGUAAGACACAUUUGGCUAGUGUUUGUUCUCAAUGUGACCGGAAGUUUCACCACUAUGUGACUAUGGAUAGUCCCGAUCACUCCCGGCUUCUGUUGUGUGAAAAAUGCGUUUUGCAUGCCGCAGAUGUCCAGUGCCUUGAACAAGGAUUGUGCCUAUGCCAAACAUGCGUUCCAAACGCAAACGUCACCUCAGGCAUUCAUUUUUGUAACGUUCCUAAUAAUCAUUCUGGUUAUAGUUUUCCACGAGAUCUCGAUCUUGAUUCUUUCUCCUCCUCUUUGUCAUCUUCUUUAACUGAUCUCAGUUGGGGAUAUCCCUUUGUUCCAUUACCUCCAAAAAAUGGGGACUCAUCAUCCUCUUCUUCUAUUAUUUUUCAAAAUUUUGAUAAUCAUACAAAGAAUAUUAGUGAUCAACGAGGGCAAAUGCUUCAGCCCGAUGAUAUGGACAAUUCUAAGGAUUUUUCAUAUUCAGGCUUCGAACCUUACAAAACUAAAGAUAUAGAGAACGUUUGGCUGAACAAUUUUGAUGACGACAAGUCAGUAUUAGAUCAAAAAGAAUAUUUAUCCAGGGAAGAAUUGAUCCUAACCGAUCAACUCAUCGAUGAAAUAAUGAAACACAAUGAAGUAACAACAACCGAGGUUAUACAUCAAGAUUACAACAUCGAAGCUUUGGCUAAUGCAAGUUGUGAAGAUUACAUCACGAAUCAAAUGAUUCAAUCAAAGGCAAAGGAGGAGACCAAUAACAACGUUGGAAAUUUAUUCCCUAACGCUCAUAUUCAUGAUGAGUGUCGACCAUCGCAGUUGAUUCUGACCGAUGUCGAUGAGAUGUUAACAUGGGAGGAACAAUUACUUGAAUCUCCUAUAUACACACCGCAGAAUCGAUUAGAGGCAAAGAAGAGAUAUCUUGAAAAGAAAAAGAAACGCAAGUUUGGGAAGAAAAUUAGAUAUGAAUCUCGAAAGUCUUCAGCCGAUACGAAGAAACGACUGAAAGGAAGAUUUACAAAAGCUGAUGCAGAAUAUGAUUAUGACCCACGAGCUAAUAAUACAAACAAAUAGGCUAAUAAAACCAUGACCCAAUAAAAAAUGGUUGCAACCAUUUGAUAAUCUUCCUUAUGUACGUUUUCAAAAUUUCAUAAACCAGUCAAAAUGCGGGCGUACGUGAAGACGUACGGGGGCACGUGACCCCAUCUGAUUUUUGUUUUCCUUAGUAAUUUCUAAUAGCUUAUGUAAUGGUUUCCUAAACAAACAAUUAUACAUAUUGAAAAAAAAUU